UUAGUCCUUUACUUUUUCAGCUGCUUCACGAAACUCCCCAUAUUAUUAUAAUAUUAUGCACAGACAAAAUAAUAUAAUUCGACAAACACAAAAAAUUGAAAUCGACAUCUCCAUUUUCAGAACUUUCCCGCAACUUCCGGCCACCUUUUCAGAUUGUUCGUUUCAGAGAGAAUAAAAGGGAAACAUACAGAGUGAUAUAUACAGAGAAUCAGGCAGCGAAGGGAAUCUCUUGUUAGGCCUAUUCGCUGAGGUUAUGCUAUAGCUCUGGUUUCUCAAGAAACUGUCAUGGCAACGAAAUCAUACCAAAAUCAAGCAGAGUUGCUGCUGAAGGAAUAUUUGCUAGAUGAUUCUUUUAUUCCUUGCACUUCAAUUAUUUUUGGCAUAUUUGCUUCCAAGAUGGUUUAUGAUCUUACCAAGUUGUUUAGUGCGGGCUACUUCAAGAGCUACUCCAACCUUACGAAGUUCCAGCGCAUUGAGUGGAAUAACAGGUCUAUAUCCACCUUUCAUGCCAUUUUCAUAACAGCUAUAUCAUUGUACUUGGUCUUUUCCUCUAAUCUUUUUUCCGAUCAUCCUGCUGGGCCUGUAACAUUCCGAAGUUCUUCAUUGUCUACAUUUGCAUUAGGGGCUUCUGUUGGUUACUUCAUUGCUGACAUUGGGAUGAUUAUCUGGUUUUAUCCUUCUCUAGGUGGAGUGGAAUAUGUAAUUCAUCAUCUUCUUUCCAUGAUAACUGUGGCAUAUGCUAUGUUAACUGGGGAAGGUCAACUUUACACAUUCAUGGUUCUUAUCUCAGAGACGACUACCCCUGCGAUCAAUCUGAGAUGGUAUCUUGACACAGCAGGAAUGAAGAAGUCUAGAGCGUACCUCAUAAAUGGGAUAGUAAUAUUUUUCGCUUGGCUGGUUGCUAGGAUACUCUUAUUUAUUUACCUUUUUUACCAGAUCUACCUGUACUAUGAUCAGCUGAAGCAAAUGAACGUGUUUGGGUUUGUGUUGGCACUAACUGUGCCAGUAGUGCUAUCGAUCAUGAACUUGAUGUGGUUUUGGAAGAUUAUAAGGGGACUGAAAAAGACAUUAGCAAAAAGGCAUUAGUUCAGUUCAUCAUCUGAGAUAAUCGGAGUAUACUAUUCCAUUACCAUCAUAAGUUCAUUACUUGUUCUGUACAUUUUCUUCUUGCCUGUAAAUAACUUUAUAUGAUCUUAUAUUCUAAUCUGUUUUUGUAGA